AUGCGGAUUCCAAUUGCUGUGCAGCUUGGGCUGCUGGUAUUGCUGACGGCGGUUUCGGGAGUCGCGGUGCUCGCCAUUGCCACGUGGUUUACCACCUACAAUUUUGUGGUCGACGUCGAAUCUAAGGGCCUCGAACUGGUUGCGACCAUCAAGGCUAGUCAAAUCGCCUCGAAUUUGGACCUUCUCGAAACAACGUGCAAGACCAUUGCUACUCGAAUCUUGAUACAAUCCGCCUUGAGACGUUAUUACGCUGGAAACACGUCCGACGAGAAUUGGACGAAUUCCAUCGCGGAUGUUCAAUCGGCCCUCGGUAGCCGAGGAUACUUGAGUCUUUACCAGGCCAUUAUCUAUUCGAAAAAUGGCGAGGGAGGGGUCAAGACAUUGCUGAACCAGACCGGUGACACAGUCCCAGAUAUAACCCUUCCAUAUACCUUCUCGAAUGGGACUGCUGUGAAGUUGGGGAACGAUGGCCUGGGUUACCCCCCAUCGCUCUACCCGGAUCUGACAUAUCGUAACGUGUCGCACAACGAGUUGACGGCGGUCUAUUCAUUCUCCGAUUAUGCUCUUGGGUUGGAUUCAGCACUUCUUCUUGGGCCGCUGAAAGUCAACAACUCCUUCUCGCUCGUAUCAUUAACUUUGCCGAUUGUCAAUAAUACCUCAGAUACGGAUAUCAUGGGAUUUAUGACUGUGGUCGCUAGUGCCGAGAAUCUGCAGAGUGUCGUCAGUUCGCGAGAUGGGCUAGGAGCCAGCGGCCAAGUGCUUCUCAUCGGACCAACCCGAUUAGCAAACACAUUCGCUUCCAGUGAGCAGCCGGCGACGGCCACAUCUACCGCUUACGCUGCGGAGCUUGGUAGAGCACAGGUUCAUUACAUCUUCGAGCCCACCCCUUUGCCCACCCAAGUUAGCCGCCACACUGGCAUGUCAACCGAUACUCCAUUUGUGCUUUCGACAUACCCGAUCGCGCUACAGGCCAUGCUGCAAUCCUACGCACAAGAAAGCAAACCAAUCAGCCAUCUGUCAACUCGGAACGAGCGAGGAAUGAGUGUUGCUGUGGGCGCAGUCCGUCCGCAGAAUUCUUUGGUCCAAUGGAUUCUCCUCGUAGAGGAGACUCACUCGGAAGCAUUUGCUCCGGUUGUUCGCUUACGCAGAAUUAUUCUUGCAUGCGUAUUCGGCACCGCUGGGGCGAUUAUCGCGAUAGUUCCUCUCCUCACCCACUGGGCUGUGGCACCUAUACGAAGAUUGCGUGCGGCAGCGCAGAAAUCAGUCGAACCUGAGACUGCAUCUGCUUCUCCAACCCCGGAGACACAAAUAUUUGGAUUCGAAGCCGAACAUCAACAGGGCGGCACAGUUGAGCGAAUCGAGGAACACAUGAAUGAGAAAGGUUCCCCUAGCGUAUGGAUGAAACGCGUUCGACGCCCACUAGGGCGAUUUAACAAUUCGACAAGCAUAAGCAGUCCGAACACUACCCGGGGCUUUCAGAUACCUGGAAGGGUCAAGGAAAGAAAACAUUGUGUCAAAGACGAGCUCACGGAUUUGACCAAAACCUACAAUGCGAUGUCGGAUGAGCUCACGAUCCAAUAUAAUCGGCUAGAGGAGCGCGUAGCUGAGCGGACCAGAGAGCUCGAAAAGGCCAAAUUGGCCGCAGAAACUGCCAACGAAAGCAAGACAUUAUUCAUUGCCAAUAUAUCCCAUGAGCUCAAGACUCCCCUCAAUGGAAUCCUUGGCAUGUGUGCUGUAUGCAUGGGCGAAGAAGAUCUCGCACGAAUAAAAAAGUCGCUUCAGGUCGUCUAUCAAUCAGGAGACCUUCUAUUGCACCUCUUGAAUGAUUUGCUCACAUUCAGUAAGAACCAAAUUGACCAAGCUAUCCAGAUCGAAGAAAAGGAGUUCAGAUUGUCUGAUAUUCGAUCCCAAUUGAAUAUAAUCUUCCAAAACCAGGUCCACGAGAAGCAAAUCGACUUUAACGUCAACUUCGUUUCUGGUCCGGCCAGCGAGCCUAACGGCACUGUCUAUCGUGAAAGAUGGCCGGAACAGACUCGUCCACUCUCCAGCUCAGUGCAGCCUGGACGCUUAGCAGACAUGGUCCUUUGGGGUGACCAACAUCGAAUUCUCCAGGUACUGAUCAAUUUGGUUAGCAACAGUCUUAAAUUUACACCCGAGAAAGGGGAAGUCAAAGUUCGAAUUCGUCUGGUGGAUGAGCCUUUCGGACUUGAGACCCCUACUGGAGCUGGAGACAUGGCUCGACGUCAUUCAAAAGUCCGGCCCAAGACUGCCUCAACUGCAAACUCAUCGAUCCGUGGCACAGCCGACUUUACGGACACUCAACCCAAAGAACCGAGGAUAUCACAGUCGAACUUUCGCCAACUAACCUUCCAAUUUGAAGUCCAAGAUAACGGACCGGGUAUACCUGCUCACCUCCAUCGGCGUAUUUUUGACCCCUUCGUUCAAGGAGACUUGGGAUUGAAUCGGAAGUAUGGGGGAACUGGGCUUGGUCUCAGCAUUUGUGCUCAGUUAUCGAAAAUUAUGAGAGGUUACAUUCUGCUAGAGAGCGAAGAAGGCAAAGGGUCUCUCUUUACCUUGAGAAUCCCUUUGGGAUACGUCAAAGAAUUGGCUCCCAGCACACAUACUUCAAGCAUUCCCGGAUCACGCACUCCCAGUGUAUUAUCCCUGGAAGAUUUCUCCAAUGCCGCACGGACACCUUCAAAUCAUGGCUCAGUGAGGAACGAAAACCAUGCACCUGGGUUUGAGAAAUCUGAGAUACAGCCGCGUUUGGUUGGUUUGAGUCAACCAUUCUUCACACCAACGGUUCCGUCGUCACCCACAUCAGUACCCAAUAAUAUACCAUCCAAUAAAACCUCGUCCGACAAGGGUGAUGGCUCGAAGCGCAUACGUGUAUUAGUUGCCGAGGAUAAUACUGUAAAUCAGGAAGUUGUUCGCCGGAUGCUUGCGCUGGAGGAGGUUUACGAUGUGACAAUUGUCAAAGACGGACAGGAAGCAUACGAUACUGUCAAGUCAAACAUGGAAAAGGGUGAGGUGUUUGACUUGAUUUUCAUGGACAUUCAGAUGCCCAUUCUCGAUGGCCUUGAAAGUACCCGACUUAUACGGCAGAUGGGCUACUCAGCGCCUAUUGUCGCAUUGAGUGCUUUUGCAGAAGAAAGCAACAUCAAGGACUGCAUGGAUUGCGGAAUGGAUAUGUUCAUAAGUAAACCUAUCCGACGACCUGCGUUGAAACAAGUACUCAGCAGAUAUUCCACAAUCGUCGAGGAGACCGAGGUUGGCCCUUGA